AUUAAUUACAUUGGCGUAAAUAUUAGGUCAACAUUUUCACCAAAUAGGCUCUAAGAUGGUUAAUUAGAGGCAUAUCGUGUCUUCACUUUGGUAUAUUUUGUAUAAAAUUUGGUCAUGUGAUUCCAUGAUUGUUUUACAUCGUUAACCGUUAUGUUGUCAAAGUUGAUAGAAUUGGCAACACCUACUUCAUCAUUCAUACGUAAUGAUUUAAUGUUCUAUAUUUGGACGGUAAUACUACAUCAAGAUGCCUGACUUGAUGAAACGAUCGUAUGUCAUCCUGAUUGCAGUGAUUUUAAUGCAAACAUUUAAUCAGUUAUCUAAAAGUGCCAACAGGCAAUUUGUGGACCGUCUUAUUUCUCAAGUUGGAGACGGUGAGGAUGUUACAAGAAUAGCUUUUAUUAUUGCCCAUCCAGAUGAUGAGUCUAUGUUUUUCACUCCACUAUUAGAAUAUAUUGGUUCUUGUCCCAUUAUCAAAAAUAUCCAUCUUGAUUUACUAUGUUUGACGAGAGGUGAUUACAUGGGUCAAGGUGACCGACGUACAAAAGAAAUGAUGGAAAUAUGUAGAAAAUAUAGCAUGAAUUGCAUCAUAGACAAUGAUCCAUCGGUUAAAGAUGGCCCAGAUGAUUGGAACAUUGAAGCAGUAUCGCAUAGGGUGGAAGAUUUCAUUAGAUCAGUUAAUGCUAAAAUGGUUUUUACAUUUGACGAACAUGGCGUUUCUGGUCACCCAAAUCACAAAUCUGUCCAUAAGGCAGUUAAACGGAUGAAAUCACGUUACAAAGAUAUUCGUGUAUGGUGCCUUAGGUCACAUGGGAUACUUGUGAAAUAUUUCCCGCCAUAUGUCAUUGUAAAAUCGUUUUUAAAUCCGCCUAGUAUUAGCAGAUUCUCACCACUAGAUGUUGGACGUAAUAUGGCUAUACAUAAAUCACAACAAAGAUGGUACACCAUUAUGUGGGUACUUUUUUCCUCGUAUAGUUAUACCAACACAUUUGAUAUAAUGGUGGAAUAACUGCGGCGCAGCUAUUGACA